AACUUGAGUUAAGCCUUCAAGCAUUACUUGUUUCUUCUCCUUCCUUAUGGAAACUAGUGGAAACCCUAGGCACGCUCCAAAUCAUGGAGAUCUUAUUACUGUCCUCAGCAUCGAUGGUGGUGGGAUUAGAGGAAUUAUUCCAGGAAUAGUUCUCAGCUUCUUAGAGUCUGAAUUACAAAAACUGGACGGUGAAGAAGCGAGAAUUGCUGAUUACUUUGAUGUGAUCGCCGGAACUAGCACCGGUGGUCUCGUCACCACCAUGAUAACAGCUCCCAACGAGAAAAACCGGCCCUUGUUUGCUGCCAAAGACAUCAAGGACUUCUACUUCGAGCACGGCCCAAAGAUUUUCCCUGGAACCAGUUUUCCUUUUUCUGGUGUUAUGAAUAUGAUUCGUAGAGUGAUGGGACCAAAAUAUGACGGGAAGUAUCUGCAUGGAGUUCUCAAGCAAAGACUUGGAAACACAAGGCUGAAUCAGACCUUGACUAACGUUGUAAUUCCAGCUUUCGAUAUCAAACAACUCCAGCCCAUCAUCUUUUCGACCUAUGAGGUGAAGAAAUGCCCAGAGCUGAAUGCCUUGCUGUCGGAUAUUUGCAUUGGAACUUCAGCUGCUCCAACCUAUCUUCCUGCCCAUUAUUUUGAAACAGAAGACACUAAUGGAAAGGUUAAGAAGUUCAAUCUUAUCGACGGUGGGGUCGCUGCUAAUAAUCCGGCUUUAAUUGCCAUUGGUGAAGUGACAAAGCAGAUAAACAAAGGGCAUUCCGAUUUCUCUUGCAUUAAAGCAGCGGACCAUUACAACAGAUUCUUGGUGCUAUCCUUGGGAACAGGCUCAGAAAAACUUACAGAGAAAUACAACGCAAAGCAAGCGGCAGGAUGGGGUGUAAUUGGUUGGUUAAUCUCCGGCAAUUCCACCCCAUUAAUCGAUGCGUUCAGUGAAGGCAGCGCCGACAUGGUUGAUUUUCACAUUUCCGUGGUUUUCAAAGCUCUAAGUUCCGAGAAGAAUUAUCUCCGCAUUCAGGAUGAUAAGCUGAAAGGGGAGCUUUCCUCUGUGGAUGUUUCAACCAAGGAAAAUCUGAGGAAUCUGGCCAAAGUUGCAGAAAAUUUGUUGAAUAAACCGGUUUCAAGGGUGAACUUUGAGAAUGGUAAUUAUGAGCCUUCAGGAGACAUAGAAACCAAUGCUCAGGCCCUCACGAGGUAUGCAAAGCUACUGUCCGAGGAAAAACGGCGACGUGAAAAGAAAUCGUUGCAUAAUUAAAUCAAAUUAGAAUAAUGGGCCAAUUAUUUACUGUGGUUUGCAAAAGUCUCAAAUGAAAUAAAUUACCCUAUUCAAGGGGAGUAAUAAAAAAACAUGUA